UUCAAGAAUUUGUAUUUGCUCGUUUAAUUCCAAUUGCAAUAGAUCUUAAUUCCGCGCAAUCGAUACCAAAGAAAUGAGAGACAGAAUGGAAAGGCUUGUCAUUCUUCCUUUCUCUUUUGGUUGUGUCUCUGAGGCCACCGUUGCAGUGGGCACUACGCAACCAAGAAGAUCAAGACCAGACACUAAUUCACAAGCUGCUACAACAAAAGGCCCUAAGGAUAUUUCGGAAAGCAUGUCUGGUGAAAGCAUGAGGAACUUGCUGAAGUUUCAUGAGGAUGUCCCAAAAUCCAACACACACCCCAGCUUCAAUAGGUUGUUAAAGGGUUUCAAGAACCUUCCUCAAUUGUUUGUGGAUAAAGAAAAAGUGGAAAUGGAGAUGGAAAUAGGGUGCCCAACAAAUGUGCAGCACGUGACACAUAUUGGUUGGGAUGGCACAGGAACAGGAACAGGAACUGCAACAUCCUCCGAGUCCAUUAUGGGAUGGAAGGAUGCUGUACCUCCUCCGCCUCACCUUUUACAACAGUUCAACUUGGAACCAAAACCUGGAACAUUAUCAUCAUCAUCUCCCAUGAAGCAGACUCCUAAUUAA